UGCUGUUUGAUCCAGUUACUCUGCGCUCCUUUAUUUCCGUGUUUCGCACAAGGACAAAUUCUGUCUGAUUGUCUGGUUUGCUCGGUAGCGAGGUUCAGUGAUGGCUCGACUGCUGCUCAGGGGCUCUCUGAGAGGAUACUUCAGCUCCCCGCUCCGGAAGAUGGGGUCUGAUCAGCUGGGCGAGCUGGGUAAAGGAGCAGGGAAAGGAGGAGGAGCGGGCGGCUCUGUGAGGGAGGCCGGAGGAGCCUUCGGGAAGAAGGAGGCAGCGGAGGAGGAGCGCUACUUCAAGCAGAAGGAGAAGGAGCAGCUGGCGGCUCUGAAGAAACAUCACGAAGAAGAGAUCGACCAUCACAAGAAGGAGAUUGAGCGUCUGCAGAGAGAGAUCGACAGACACAAGGGCAAGAUCCGGAAGCUGAAACACGACGACUGAAGCUCCACCACCAUCUUCAUCUUAUUAACCUUAUUUCACAUCUUGUGCCUGAGAGCCUGUCUCUCUCUCUCUCUCUGUAAUAAACGUCACUUGCAUGAUUUAAAGCUUUAGGUUUGUCUUUGCACGAGAAGAUUGAAAUGAUUAAAAUCCAGUGCUGGUUUGAGAAA